GCAGCGGUAGAGCUGUGUGUGAAGGGUGGAGGGCACCUGCGCUGGGAGGGGACGAAAUAGCAGGGCGGCAGCGAGUAUGGGUCCCUUGCUCUCCAAUUUCCCAUGGUUCCCCAGACUCAGUCAGCAGCCCUGGCCACAGCAGUCAUGAAGCUCAACCUGAUAGGGAGUAAGUGCCCGGGUGUCUCCCGGGUUGGGCAGUGACAGGGCACUGCCGUGGGGAAGCUCACAGCUGCCGGGGUGUCUCCCGAGUUAGGCAGUGGCAGAGCACUGCUGUGAGGAAGCUCACUCUGUCUGAAUUAUGGAGAGAGGACGCCGACCAGACACUUCCUGGUUGGCACCCAUGAGUUAAAAAUUCCAGUGUGGAAGGCCCGGGAAGCUCAGCCUGGUGUCUGAUCGCUUGUUGCUCCCCCUGGUCCUUCCCACACUGAAGUGGAGGUGCCAGGAACAUAGCCAGCCCCAGCCCUUUCUGUGUUCCCCAGUAAGGAACAAUGGGACUCUUACGGCAGCAAGACGCCUGUUCAUGGGGCUGCUAUAUAACACCUCCCACCCCAAGACUAAGGGAGAGAAAGCAGGAGAGGAACCAACGAGGAGGAGGGAGUCCAAGGUCCCCAGCUUUGUCUCGGUCUCAUCCCUUCUGUUCUCCUUCCCUUGUCUCAUUCCAACCAUCAAUUCUGCCCAUCUGCCCUGUGAUGCCUCCCAAUCUGACCGGCUAUUAUCGAUUCGUCUCCCAAGACAACAUGGACGGUUACCUUCGGGCUUUAGACAUUAAUGUGGCCCUGAGAAAACUGGUUUGCUUCCUGAAGCCAGACAAGGAGAUAAUCCAUGCUGGAGAUCACAUGACCAUCCGCACAAUCACCUCACUGCGCAACUACAUCAUGGACUUUGACCUGGGAAAGGAGUUUGAAGAGGACCUGGGGCCAGUGGAUGGACGCAAGUGCCUGACAGUCGUCUCCUGGGAAGGGGAUCAGCUGGUGUGUGAGCAGCAAGGAGAGAAGAGGAACCGCGGCUGGAGGCAUUGGCUAGAGGGGGACCAUCUGCAUCUGCGCAUGACAGCAGAAGAUGAGGUUUGUGUACAGAUCUUCCAGAAAGUGAAGUAACCACAACACCUUCCCAGUACUGGGCACUAACCCAUUUGGACAGAACUAGUUUCAUUGCAGAGUCAAGACCAAAGCUAUCAAAUCUGCUCCUCCCCCCAUCCCACCCCCACUCUUUGGAAUAAAAAAUACAAGUGGCCACAA